GUGCAAACCAACCGGGUGUGGACGGCCAUCAAUGACGUCUUCAUGGUUUAUGCCAAGCGAGUGAGCCUCUGGGGCAACUCGCUCCCGGUGAUCACCUACACACUGGCCCUGCGCUUGCAUGAGGUGGGGAUCAAGGAGACCGCCAACUCGACUGCGGCCAUGGCCACGGCACGGCGAGGGCUGAAGCAGCAGCAGGCAGCAGCCACCCUGGCA